GCAACACCCUCUCCAUCUGUCUCGAAACGCUCCUCCUUCGCAGAGAACCCCAACGUCCGCUAUCCCGCUUCUCCUCGCCUGACGCGCAACAACUCCGUCUCCGGCUCGACAUUGACGGAACUCCUCAUGCAUCCCUCUAGCAAGUCGAACGGUGCGGACGAGCGAUUCAAAGGCCGAGACUGGCGGCGGAUCGAGCUCCAGGAGAUCAUCGACCCGAAUGAGGUUCGCUUCGUAGAGCUCUCCACUAGUAUUGAGGAUACCACGAAGCUGCUCAUCCGGUCGGGUGCGCCGAAUGUUGUGCUGGUGAGGGAGUCCACGAGGACGAAGACAGUGAUACAAACCUUUGGCUACUCGGAUCUGAACGCAUAUCUCCUUCUCGUACUGGGUUUGGUACAGCCGGAUGAGAAGGCCGCGAGGAUAGCAGAGCGGGCACGCAGUGGUGAUGUUAUACCUUUGGCAGAUGUUACAGAUCAUCUUGGAGCAAGAGAAGAGCCGGAGUUUCUACCACAUACCGCGACGUUGUCACAGGCGAUGGAAGUGUUAGGCGGUGGACACCACAGAGUUGUCGUUUGUAAAGAGGGAACGAGCGAGGCGAUUGGUGUGCUGAGCCAGUUGAGGCUGGUCAGAUUUUUCUGGGAGAAUCACAGGAGCUUCGCUGCGACGGAAAACCUCUACUCGCUAUCAUUGAAGGAUCUGGAUCUCGGAGCGAAGGAGGUGCUUGCCAUCAAUGGUGACAAGCCGGUGGCCGACGCUUUGCGACUAAUGCACGCAGAAGGUAUCACAUCUCUGCCGGUAUUAGACAGUCAAGGGCAUGUGGUCGGGAACGUCUCACAGGUAGACGUGCGGCUCCUCACGGACACCUCCGCCAUCCCUCUCCUCUCCUCCACCUGCCUCCACUUCAUCUCCGUCAUCCUCACCGAACGCGGCGUCUACGAUGGUCAAGACUCAUAUCCCGUCUUCCACGUCACGCCCUUCAGUACGCUUGCCCACACAGUCGCCAAGCUGUGCGCUACGCGAAGCCACAGAAUGUGGAUCGUCGAUGCGCCUUCACCAUCCACCAGCGUCCCACCCUCACCAGGUCUUCACCACGCCUCGCCCGCGUCCAGCCUCUCCAACAGUGCUGUGAUCCAACACUCCACAGCCACCACAACACCUGCCCGCCACGGCUCCAUCUCCGAAUCCACACCUCCGAACCUCGUGCCUGCAUCGCCCAGCAUCGCCGUCUCAGCGAGCAGCUUACCUGGAGCGAGUAUGAGCGGCCGACUCUCAGGCGUCGUGUCGUUGACGGAUAUUCUGAACUUGUUCGCGAGAGCGAGUGGACUUUCGCCCGGUGAUCCGGAGGAGACGAGGAAUAGAAGGAGAAGGCAGAGCAGUUCUUCAAGUGUCAGGCCUAGCAUGGACAGCAUAGCGAGGCCGAGCGUGGAGGCGCUG